AUGACUGUCCGACAUCAGGGCCAACUUCCGCCUUCUCUUCCCACCACCACCAACACCACCACCACCACCACCACCAUCAACACCACCACCACCACCACCACCACAACUGCCAUGUUUUUCCGCUCCCCCUCCUCCUCCCCUUCUCACUUCCACCUCAUACUCCUCCUCACCAUAAUCGCUCCAACUCGGUCGGAACGCGCCACCUGUUUGACAUAUAAUGUCCUCCUCCGUCUUCCUUUUUAA